CCCACAAACGCGCCGAAGCGGCACCCGCGGACAGCACAAGUGUUAAAUCUCGUGUUUACGAAUAUAUGCUUGGCGUCGCUCCGCGGAAGUCGCUAUACGGUACAACGCAUUUUCCCUUUCCCAUGGAACGGGCAAGCGAGUUCAAUGCCAAAGAGCCUCAAUUUUCAUUAAAGUCUUGCAGCAGCGUCCGUACGACCAACUACACCCCCCAAGAGUGCUGGUCGGGUCUACCCAGCACCGGGCCCGACUGCCCCACCUUCAAUAUGAACCCCACCCGCCCUUUUGUCAGCAGCCUUGCCCCUCCUGUUGGGUCGGAACCUCUUCCUUCUUCAUCCGGCCAAGGAUACUAAUAUACGGCUUCGAGACCCCUUUACUAAAGGAGACUUUCGCUGUUUGCUCU